CACCUCGAAGAACUGGAAUCAUUGACGCGCUACCCCGCAUGCUCUCGAACCAUGCCGUCCGGACUGCAUCAUGAAGAAGAGCAGCUGUCGGCGAGGCGGAAGCUAGAUGCAGUUGCGGGGUGAUCAUGGGGACUGUGUUGGUGACUUAAGAAGGCCGCCGUCCAUGUAGCAGCAUACGGCGGAACAAGGAGUACACAUACUACCAACAAUUCAUCAGCAUGAGUGGAACCAAGAUCGAAACAUGCCCCAUGGGCUAUCACCGAAUUCAAAACAUUCACAAUGGCAAAGUAGCGAGUGGCACCGUCAAAGCUGGUGGACAAGACAAGAAGGCUACUGGUGAAUACAUCAAAUGGGAUGCGCCAGGUGUUGAAAACAUUCCGGACAAUGAGCAAGAGAAGAUUAAGGAGGUUUCUGCUCAGUUCAAUCGUUUCCAGAUGAUGAACUUCAAUGAGCAUAUGCACUGUUUGAGGGGCACGCACUUGAAGACUCAGGGUUGCGUUAUGGGCAAGUUCACCGUGCACGACAACCUACCUAAACAUCUCGCCCAAGGAAUGUUUGCGAAGCCUGGUACCUACGAUGUAAUCAUGCGGUACUCGUCUCUAACGCCCAAGAUCUUGCCGGACAACCUAGCAGCACCACGCGGCAUUGGCAUGAAGGUCUUUGGUAUCGAGGGCGAGAAGCUCUGGGGAGAAGACAAGAAGACGCAAGAUUGGACCUUCAACAACUACCCAGUAUUGGAGCUGCGUGAUCCCCAAACCACUUACGAUAUUGCAGACGCACUGGAGCGAAACUGGAACGACUUGCCUACCUUUGCAGACGAGCAGAGCAAACGCGUUGAUGCCGACGUAGCAACCCUCGGUGGACAACUGCCGAAACAACACAUGGUUGCUAUGCCCGAGUACUCUCAAUCAGCUUACCGCCACGGAGCUUACGUAGCCAAAUACGGCGUCUUCCCCAAUAGCAAGUUCCAGAAGGACCUUGAAAACACCGAAGUCAAAGACUCAGACCCCAUCAAUAUCCUCUCGCAAACCCUCCGCACACACCAUCUCAAUAACACCAUAAGCUACAGCUUCUGCGCACAACUCCUGCAGGACCUCACCGAACAGCCCGUCGACGACAUUGGCAUCGAAUGGGAUCCCAAGAAAUAUCCGUUUGAGCAAGUCGCUACCAUUGAGUUCCCGCCGCAGGACUCGUGGCUACCUGAGUUUAGGACGUGGUGGGAUGAUCGCAUCACGGUGAAUAGCUGGCAUGGAUUAAAAGAGCACCAACCGCUUGGAAGCACCAACCGAAUGCGCAGGGUAGUUUACGCCGAGAGUAGGAAGUUGAGGCUGAAGGUUAAUGGGUACAAGGAAGAAGACUAUGUGGAGCCCGCGGGGCUUGGUGAUAUCCCUGGAAAGGGCGUGGAGGCGCCGCAGUUGGACUUGAAGUAUCAAAGUGCUGUUACUACUGCCGAGAUUGCAUGAUGAAUAGAUGCGCGGUAGCUAGACGUAGGUUCUAGAACGGAAGUGCUUUUCUUAGAUGUACGUGUGUGUAUAGCUCCGGCGGUAUGCGCGUCCGCUCGGUGACGUCUGUUCAUGCAUGAACAAGCCCAGAAUAUCAUUGAAGCUACUAUACCAAUGUAUCUAGUGAUAAGCGCAGUUAGAAUACAUGUAGCUUAC